AAAGUAAAACCUCGAUCUUUCACACACACACAAUCACACAUCGUGCGCUGCGUUGUAAGCACAAUUCUAAAACCAAUUCUUCCAUAGAUCUGUUUUUUUCCUUUCACACAUUUCGCAUUGCCCCUCCCUAAAUUUCCUCCAAUCCAACACUCUUGGACUCUUCUCUAUCUAUCAAAAUCAUUCAGUUAAACUGUUGGGUCAAAAAUCGGCUGCAAUAAUAAUACCCAUUGCUUGAUGGUCUCUUUCCCCAAUCACUUCAUGGGUGGAAGAAGGUUCACAAAUGACUUGAUGAGCCAUAAAACAGCAUACCCACAACCAAAAUCUCAUAUUUUUGUGUUAUUAAAAUAAGAUUUUAGAUUAUUUUUUUUAUUAUUAUUAUUAUUAUCGUCAAUGGAAGCAGGCAAAGACCCUGCUAUUACCGCUACGGUUAUAACUAGAUCAAACCAAACUAGGGCCGCUUUACCACAAAGGCUUAUACAUCUACUUGCCUUGUUUCUAGUUUUAUGUUUUACCAUAUCUUUAUUUAGUAUAUACAUGAUCCGGAAAACUGGAGUCGUUACGACGGUAACUUCAGCAAUCCCCAUUUUACAAUCGUGCAUCCAAGAACAGCCAAACAACGAUCUUGACCGUUGGAUCACGCCGCCUUCGAAUCUUAUGCACGCGAUGAGUGACAAAGAGCUAUUUUGGAGAGCGUCUUUUAUGCCACAAGUGAAAAAGUAUCCGUUUACAAGGGUUCCGAAGAUUGCAUUUAUGUUCUUGACUAAAGGCCCGAUACCAUUGGCUCCUUUAUGGGAACGGUUUUUUAAGGGGCAUAAGAGUCUUUUCACUAUAUAUAUCCAUUCGCUUCCGUCAUAUGAACCGCGGUUCCCAUCGACAUCUGUUUUUUAUAACAGACAGAUACCAAGUCAGAUAGCUGAAUGGGGUAGAAUGAGCAUGUGUGACGCCGAAAGAAGACUAUUAGCAAACGCCCUUCUCGAUAUCUCAAACGAAUAUUUUAUUCUUGUCUCAGAAUCAUGCAUUCCCGUCUACAAUUUCACUACAAUCUAUCGUUACAUAACCCGAUCCAAAUACAGUUUCAUGGGCGCUUUUGACGACCCGGGCCCAUUUGGUCGUGGCCGGUACAACCCAAACAUGUUACCCGAAGUCAACAUCUCCGAAUGGAGAAAAGGGUCACAAUGGUUUGAAGUCAACCGAAAACUCGCAUCAAUCAUAAUAUCCGACGUGAUGUAUUACCCAAAGUUCUUGAACUUUUGUAGGCCCGCUUGUUAUGUGGACGAACAUUAUUUCCCAACUUUAUUAACGAUCCAGGCACCGAAUCUGUUGGCAAACCGGAGUUUGACUUGGGUUGACUGGUCUAGAGGCGGGCCCCACCCUGCAACGUUUGGGGCAAACGAUAUUACAGAGGGGUUCAUGAUGAAACUUCAUGAAAAGCGAGAAUGUGUUUAUAAUGACAAACCGUCUUCCGUAUGUUAUCUGUUUGCCAGAAAAUUUGCUCCGAGUACUUUACAGCGGCUGCUGCUUUUCGCACAUGAAUUUUUGGGGUACUAAUUUGAUCCGAAUUUGAUAAAGUUUGAAGACGGUUUUUUUAGGUAUACAGAUUAUGAUAUGAACAGUUUUUUUUCUAUAUGUUUUUAGUUUGAAGUCAAUUAGUUUAUAUAAUGUUGUUAGCAAA